AAACUGCUAUUCUGCAAAAAUGUCAGCAUCACCAAGACCUUCUGCAGCCUCGUUCGCCGCCGCGUCCGUCGUGGCCUCCACAGCUUUAUCCAAAGCACCACUGCCACAGAGCUACUCGUUUGCAUGCUCUGGGUGGCUCAAGACCUACCUCUUUGGGGUAGGCAAAGCCCUGCAGGAGAUGGAAUUGCAUCGUGAAGCGACCAUGCUUGGCACAUCCGGCGGGUCCCUUGCCGCGUUGUCGUUGUGUCUGGACAACGACUUUGACGAAAUGGUUCAUGGAGUGGUCCACGACAUGGCCCCGUCCGCUCGAUCGUCCAUCAAGAAUGCUUUCCGUGUGAAAGAGUACUUGGACAACGCGAUGCGACUCUGGGGUAACUUUGAACGCCCAGGGGCGUUGGAGCAAGCAAAGCGUUGUGUGAUCGUGUACUCAUCCAUUUCCAAGUGGUCGUCCCGUCGCGCCAGUGUCUUCGACAGCGUCGAAGACUUGACUACGUCCAUCCACGCGUCGUGCUGCGCGGUGCCAAUCUGCGGCCUUCCGUUCCGCUUCAAGGGCGAAUGGGUCAUGGACGGGGGAUUGUUCGACUUCCAGCCGAUCUUGGAUGCCUCCACGGUCACCAUUAGCCCUUUUUACUGCACCCAAGCCGACAUUAAGCCGUCGCAGUACGUGCCCAUGUGGUGGGCCAUGUAUCCCCCUGAACCCGAACGCAUCCAAUGGCUGUACGAACUCGGCAAGCACGACGCGUACGUGUGGGCAAAGAAGCACGGGUACACGGCCAAGACCCACGUAUCCCCCCUACCAUUGGAAUCAAGGGCCAUCUACCAGACCAAACUGGGUCGGUUCUUGGGCUACAAAACGAUGGAGUCGCAUGUCCUCGACUUCUUUUUCAUGCUCACAGUCGUGGCCAUCUGGAAGCCAGUUGCGUUCACGUUGCUGUACACUGAACUGUGGGUGCGGGCCCUUGUGCAUGCCACCGAGUCGGGAGUUUUGGCAAUGUCCAGUGCGGGCGCGUGGAAUUGGCUCGCGACGGUGUCCGUGGCCCUGACGCUGAUGGGGGCCGGGAUGGUGCUGCCCACAAGUCUGCUCCAAUGCGUCGGCGUUGGCAUGUGCAUGAUGCUCUGCUUUUUCACGUCGUGCUCGGCACGGCUGGACAAGUCGUACCACAAGUGGGUGCACUGCCUCACGUGCGUGCAGAUUGUCUUCAGCAUGUCGCUGUUCCUCCGCACGAUUCCUGUCGUGGGGUCGCGGGUAAGCAUGAAGAAGCACCAGUGGCUCGUAGAAUACUCGAUCGUGUAUCGACUCACCAAGGACUUUUUAUAAACUGUCGUCAUACAGUAGUCCAUAAGGCUUGGUAUGAUGUAUAAUAAUACAAUAUUUAGACACCAA